ACAAGGCGGAGCAAAGAGAGGCGGACUGAGGCGGAGGCAGAAAGGCUCCUUCCCCUCCCUCAGGCCCGCUAUCAUGGCCGGGUCGCUGGGCGCCCGCCUCGCCCGGAGCCGCUUCUUCGGCGGCUUCGUGUGCGGGGCGGCGCUGGGAGCCGUGGCCUCUGCGCUGACUGUCCGCAAACUCCUCGGGGAGCCCCGUCUCCCACCCGCGGCCCUGCAGAGCUCCGUGGCCGCCGCCGCCGCCUCGGCAAAACAGCAACCGCCGCCGCCAACGCCGCCUCAGGAGGAACCCAUAACAGAGACUGUGUUGGAAAAGUAUGGAUUUCCUGCAGCUGGAACACAGAUCAGACAUUACACCAAUCAUGCAUUAUCUUAUGAUCAGGCAAAACGAGUGCCUAGAUGGGUGAUUGAACAUAUUUCCAAACAUAAGACUUUGGGCAAUGCAGACAGAAAACAUUGCAAAUUUAGACCAGAUCCAAGCAUCCCUCCAAUAUUCACUGCCUUGAAUGAAGACUACAUCGGGAGUGGCUGGUCACGAGGCCAUAUGGCACCAGCUGGGGAUAACAAAUAUUCACCAAAGGCUAUGGCAGAAACAUUUUAUCUAUCCAACAUUGUACCCCAGAACUAUCAGAAUAAUGCUGGAUUCUGGAAUAGGCUAGAAAUGUAUUGCCGGGAACUGACUGACAGAUUUGAAGAUGUCUGGAUUGUUUCUGGACCUUUGACAUUACCUCAGAUGGAUGAUGAUGGGAAAAAAAGGGUUGUGUAUCAGGUAAUUGGAAAAGAUGAUGUGGCUGUACCCUCGCAUCUUUACAAAGUGAUUCUGGCCCGGAGAAGUGAAACAUCCACAGAUCCUUUGGUACUUGGGGCCUUCGUGGUACCCAAUGACGCUAUUGGCUUUGACCACCAGCUGCCGGAAUUCCAAGUUAGUAUUGAAGACCUGGAGAGAAUGUCAGGCCUUGUUUUCUUCCCACAGGUGAAUAAAACUAAAGACGUUAGAAAUAUCUGUGAGGUUGAUACUUGCAAGCUGAUGAGUUUGGAAGAGUUCACUCUGUACAUCACCACUCGGAAGUUGCAGAGUGCAAGGACACUGGAAAGGCUGAGAAAGAUCAUGUCUGAAUUACAGGAAAAGGGAAUUGAGCCCGAUGAAUAUCUCUUAAAGGUUUAUAAAAAGAAGGAGGAGGAAUUAGCAAUGCAAAAGUCAGUGGAAGCUAGAGAAGGGAGAUCUGGUUAAUAUAAAGAACUAUUGUACAGAGACUCUGCUACUACUAAGAAGAAAACUUGGACAAGCCUCCCCAUUUGUUGUGUGCCUAUGCUGAAAGUGCAGCACUUUGCUGAGAAAUUAAAACACCUCCUGUGGCACAGGUUGGCAGUGAGACUUAAGGUCACUCGUUUGUGCCCUUUACUAAAGCCAUCAUCAGUUUUAUUCAGAAUCUCUUCUGGAAUACAAGAAAAACAGAAAAUGGUCACCUUGGGAAUAUAAGUAGACCUCUCUUAGAUGUAACUUUCCUUUUCUAACAGGAUGCUGUAGAAAUGGUGUUAUGUUAUUUAUAUAAUUCUUUGCCAGCUGUAUUUUUUUUAGCCUUUUCUUUGUUUUCAUUCAUCUAAAUCUCUAGAAAUGCCUCUUGAGAACAAAUUCAUUUGUAAGUGACUAUUUGUAUAGUCACUGACGAUUCAAGAACCAGGCGACGGGGGCCAGUUCCCAAGCAAGUUUUUAAUAAAUGUUUCCCCAAGA